UCUAGCAAUGUUGCAAGGAAGAAGGUCCAUGGUUUCCAUGACCGGAGAGCCACCACGUCGUAAAACCUCUCUAGUAGGAAUAGCAGAGAACGAUGGACACGGACAUCAGAUCCCGAACAUGGCGAGAAGGAUGUCCAGAUCCAUGAUGAGUGAUACUGGAAGUUCUAUUAACAGUUUUAAGCGCUCCCUUGCUAUGAAACCAAGACAUGAGAUGGAGAAUUCCUAUAGAACUGUGCCAAUUGUUAAGUUCCCCAGUUCAGCUGUCAGUAAAAAGAUACAAAUCAUCCUUGACUCAAGGCUCACAAAUAUGAAGUACGACCACGACAUUUGUAAAUCUCUGAGUAACACAAUGUCAGAUGUUAUUAAGGAUGAGGUUAGAAGGGAUAUCAGGGACAUUGAAAGGUACAAGCUCGUCUGCUGGGUAACCAUCGGUCAGGUGAGUGGGCAGGAUAUCAGAGUGGUCAGCAGGUGUCUCUGGAGUCACCAGCACGACACUUGCUCCUCCGCAAGCUUCCGAAACAACGAGAUAUUUGCUGUCGCUACUUUAUACGCUCUUUACUAUGACGGCUGCUACGUUCAUAGGACCGAUUAGAUGACAUGAACUGACUCAAGGAAGAUGACUGCUAUUGGCAGAUGGAAAUUUAUUAAAUAAAAAGAUUAAUCUAUUUUCAUCUGCAAACUUUGGUAGUGCUUUAAAACUUUAUUACACAGAUUUUACAACUUUUUAAUUUUCAGAUUAUGGCAGUGCCUGAUUCAUACAUGUAUAAAAUUGCAUGUAACUCCCCAAUUUUUCAUCAGAAAGUUAUUAUGAUAUAUUAUAUAAUUAUUCUAAACUCGCGCUAUACCCUGAUUAAAUUAUUUUGACUACUCACUUGAUUUAAUUAAUUUCUUGUGAAUAAAUAAUAAAUAUGUUCAGUUAUCACAUUCUAAUCUAUGUAUAUUAUAUAAUAUAAUAAUGAAAUGAUCUUAAAGACAUUAGCAAAUAACACAUGCACUUAUAAAUAAACUUGCACGUUUUCUAAUAAUCACAAUAUUUGAUCACUAAAACAACUUAAAUAUUUGAAGUUUAAAUGUAAAUAAAUGUAUAAAGUAAUUUUAACUCAACUCACCGAUUUAUUUCUUUUUGAUUUUUCAGACGCACAGCAUUAUAAUGAUAUAAUUUAACGAUGUAUGAAACGAUUUAUAAGUAAGUAACAAUUUUUGAUUCUAUCAAGUGCACUUAAAUACAAUAUCAAUUUCUAAACUUUAAAGAUGUAUAUAAUAAUAGUAUUACAUAUUUUAUACACC